GUGAUGAUUUAUGACUAGGAGAGAUGACAGUUGCACUAUAAUAGCUUUCGUUUUCUUCGAAGCUGACAACAAAUAACCAUAGACCAAAGCGCACCAACAAUAUAUAUUCUAAGCGGCUGCUUCUUUUCAAAUAUACUGCUCAUACGUGGAUGAGAGUAUGGAUUAUUUAGACAUGAUGGAUCCCUUUCGGAUCUACCAACACUAUUAUCCAAAUGAGAACGUGAACACAGACAAUAAAACCAUACCCUAUUAUGGUUUGCACAAUCAAGGGGCAACCUGUUAUUUGAACAGUGUGCUGCAGGUCCUCUUCAUGACUAAGGGCUUCAGAGAGGCUGUGGAAAGCCAAGAGCAGGAUAAUGUUGAACAGAACACUUUUGAUCUUCAGCUGAAAUGUUUAUUUGAGACUUUAAAGAAAAAACAAGCUCACACUAAAGAUGUCACAUCAAAACUGGGCAUUGAAAGGGUGUUCGAGCAAGGGGAUGCUGCUGAAUAUUUUGAGAGGAUUUUAAGCAAGGUCAAUCCGGAUGUGUCUAAGAUAUUUCAAGGACAUUUGAAGCACACUGCCACCUGUUCUAUAUCUGACCGUCAUGUGAACAGUGAGGAAGUUGGUCCAUUUUGGACUGUGCCUCUCUCUAUGGAAGAGAACCACUACAGUGUGAGAGAUGGUUUUGAGGAAUUUUUCAAGUCUUCAACUGUCAGUGGUGACAAUCAGAUGUACUGUGACCACUGCGAUGGGAAAACAGAUGCAAUCCUUACAUGUAAGAUGGUACAUCCCCCAGAGAUUCUAACUCUGCUCCUCAAGAGGUUUGAGUUUGACUACAACAGGAUGUCUUAUGUCAAAAUUGAGAGCUGUGUGGAGGUGCCUCGAAUGUUACAGACAAAGGACUGUGACUAUGAACUCUAUGCAGUUGUGGACCAUGUGGGAAGUCUAAGAGGUGGACAUUACACUGCUAGAAUCAAGUCCUAUGAUGAUCACAACUGGUAUGUGUUCGAUGACAGCUACGUCACACAGCUCAAUUCAAAACCAUUUGAACAAGAUGGGAGUUUUAGGUCCCAGAGUGCGUACCUGCUUAUGUACAGGAAAUUGGAUUCUCCAGAUCGUCAGAUGAACCAUGAAACCGAUCACAAAUGUUCACUCAGUGACUCUCAACAAUCCACUCCUUCCUGUUCCUUUGAGAUGGGAGCCAGCGGAACAAGAGAAGAAGAAGAAGAAGAAGAAGAAGAAGAAGAAGAAGAAGAAGAAGAAGAAGAAGAAGAAGAAGAAGAAGACAGAAAAGUUCAAUCAAAUCAAUCUAUCAAUCCAGUUGACUUGGUAGGGAGAACAGAAGCUGUCCCAGAGGAAAGACAGGAUGAUGAUGGAAAGGUUGGUGAUAUGAUAAGACAGAUGAACAUCAAAGAUAUGAGUGGAGAGGAUAACGUUGUUGCUACUGAUGAUAAAGACAAUUUGUUUAAUGGAGAGAAAGAACAGAAAGUAGGGGAUGAUGUUGUUGGACAAAAAGAACAGGAAGGUGAAGUGGCCAACGUUGAGAUGCAAAUGAAUGAUGAAGGGAGCAGGGAAGAGGGAAUGACAAGAAAGUAUCAUGGUGUAAAAGGAGAACUGGAAGAAAGGGAGGAGGAAGGUGGACAGAAUCGAAGAGAUAAGGCAAGGAAAAGGGAGGUUAUAGUUGUGGAUGUUGUGGAUGAAGCUGGACAGAAUCGAAGAGAUAAGGCAAGGAAACGGGAGGAAAUUGUUGUGAAUGGAGAUCAUAUCUUGGAAAAUGGAACAGAGGGUGAUGUGAUGAGUAGAACGGAGGCGGUUGUGACGGACAGAGAUGGAGAUGAUAAUGAGAGAAAGAGGAAUAGAGAUGGUGCAGAAAAGACAAAGCCAGGUAGAAUAAUAGAUGACACUGGGGAUGGUAGAACAGCAAAAAAAAAUGGUGGUGAGUUAAAGACAAUACAGGUUGAAGUGGCAAAGUUAGGAGAGGAUUGUGAUGUGACAACGAUGAGCCAAACUAACCACAGUAAAUCUCCCAGUUCAGUUCAUAUGUUUCAGAACAGACUGACAGACAUCCCAGAGGAAACAACCACAUGCUUUUGCUUCAAGAGUAUAAGAGGGAGAGGGGAAAAGAGGAGUGAACAUGACAAAGGGAAGAAAGGGAAAUUGGAGAAGAGUAGAAAAGGUGAAAGGAAGAGUAUGUUAGGAGGGCAGAGUAGAAAAGAGAAAAAUAAGGAAAAGGCAAAUAGAAAAAAAAUUGAAAAGAGAAGAGAGGAGGAAAUAAAGAAAAGCUCAAAGAGAGAAUAGAGGAGAAAAAGAAGAACCCAGUGGGAAAGAGAAAAGGUUACCUUUAUAAGUUUAAAAUUAUACUAAUAAAUAGAAUUGAAUGAAAAUCAUGAGAAUGGUUCUAUCUCAAAAAUUAAGUAAUGAACUUUGAUGGUAUUCUCAAUUGAACCAAACAAGGAUUAGUGGGACAGCUGUGAUAAAUUGCUCUUCUAAUUUUGCCAGACUGACAUGGCUUGGCAUUGUGCUUGUGUAUAUAGAUUCAAACAGAGCUAUAGUGGGCACCGGUUGUGAUAAUGAAAUAAUGGUAAUGGCAUUAACUUCGGAUCUGAAUAAUGUAAGGAAUCAUUUUUGUAAUUUAUACAUUUAAUAGAAUUUCAAACUGGAUUCAAAUGACCCUUUUUGUCUCCCCCUGCUUCACACUACCGGCUCAAAUUCAACCCACAUCUUAGAAACUUUCACUUUCCAUCUUUCCAUAACACAUGCUUGAUGUCACGGUUCAGUUCACCAAUUCAGUUCAUGCCAUUGAUCCUUGAACAUCUCUGAUACAGAAUCAUCAUAAUCACUGUUGCCUUGCAAAGAAGAUAUGAUUGGAACUCGAAAACAUUAUACUUUUAUUGAAGUGGUGGAUUAUUUUGAUCACAUUCUCUCAGGCUGGCUAGAUGUUUAUAAUCCCAGAGUGCACAGACUUAGGUACACUGACCUGGGAUCUAACCCUGACCCUUUGACUAUCACCUUGGCAAUAGGUCACAAAACAGGAAAAUAUCAAAACAGAGACAGGUCAUUUCUGAUCAUGUGAUUGACUACACCUGAUACCUGCCAUAUACAGGUGUACUGGGAUGUCCCUGGUUGGCUCAUGUUCUCUUCCCUUAGAGUUGACCUAGUUUAACUUUCCACCCUUUUGUCCUCUCAUUUAUAAUAUGCUACACACACACACACACACACACACACACACACACACACACACACACACACACACACACACACACACACACACACACACACACACACACACACACACACACACACACACACACACACACACACACACACACACACACACACACACACACACACACACACACACAUUAAAAUACAUCAAAGAGAAGUAGUGCUCAUUAUCUGGUCCCCAAGUUGCCACACCAAUAACAAACAAUACUAUUUACUGUGCCACACAGAUUGCAAAAUAGUUGGCAAGAGAUUUUUGAUGUACCGAUUCCAUGGUACAGGGUGUUUGAGCUGAUAUAUAAAACAACGCAAGAUUCAAGACUUCGUGCUUUUCAGCUAAAAUUAUUAUAUCGAAUUCCUGCCACCAACAAAAUGUUGAAUAUUUGGGACAUAAAAUCAUCGAAGCUCUGCAGAUUUUGUUUGUGGGGAUCCAGAAUUAAUAGACCAUUUAUUUUGGUAUUGCCCUCAGGUUUCUGGUCUGGCUGAAAAUGCAUAGCAUUGAUCUAAAAUUGACCCUAUAAAUAGUACUGUUAGGAGAUCUGGAGAGACUGGGUCAGUCAAUUACUAAUAUACUAAUACUCUUAGUAAAAGUAUUUAUCUUCAACACGCAGUCUGUAGAUUCUAUUCGAUUAGAUAGAUUGAAAUUGUACGUUAAACAUCAUAGCAUAGUUGAAAGAUAUGUGUUGCGUAGAAACACGAAGUGGGUGGCCAGCAGAGAUAGAUGGGAUGGGCUGAUGGAAGCUGAGGGUUGGUGUGUGGAAAUGGAGACAAGUGGGAGUGGAGUUGCUGUGUGAGAGAGAGAAUGAUGGUCAAAAGAUAACAGGGAAAAAAGCCUAAAUAAAACAUAAUAAAAGUACAUUUGAAUGACACUAAGUGGCAGUGUUUUUACAACUAAUGCCGGUUUGCCUGAGGCUGAUGCCGUGCAGGUGUUUGUACACAUGCAUAUACACACA